UCUAAAUUCUAAAAUUGUAGAUCCUAAAAGUUAAAUAUUAAGCGGAAAUUUUUAAUUAAUAUAGUAAUUUCAGCUUUAAAGUUUAAUUUCUGUUAUUUAUUAUAUUAAUUAGAAAAAGCAAUUCUCUAUAUUUUACUUGUAGAGAUUAUGUAAUUUAUCCUUAAAUUCGUAAAAGUUUAAAAUUAAGUGAAGAUUCAAAAAAAGCUAAAAAAUAAUAAUGGACUGCGGGAUUAUACUACCAAGUGUUAGUCCUAAUAGUAAUUAUUUUUCGGUUCAUGCAAGCCCUAGAUCACCAUGUAUUAUGGUACGUUGCCAACAAAAGGAAGGGCAAGUGAAGAAUAAUCAUCACUAUAAUGAACUUCCAUUGUUAAAGAGGAAAAGACCGACGAUGAUAAAUAUUCCGGUUGAUAGAUCGUUGGAAAAUAAUAAUAUUAUGAAUACAUCGAGGGUUCGAGUCCAGGAAGUUGAAGUUGAAGAAGAUGGAUAUGGAGUUUAUAGUAAGAAAGGAAUAUCAAGGACUCGUUUGGAGGAUCGUUACUCGGCUAAUUUUGCCAGUGAUGCUCAUGGCAAGUCUAAGCAGGCAUUGUUUGGAAUAUUUGAUGGACAUGGAGGUGCAAAAGCAGCAGAAUUUGCAGCAGCAAAGCUGGGUAACAUUAUAUUAGACUAUUUAAGAAGAGGUGAUAAAUCAAUGAUUGAAGAAAACAUAAAAAAUGGUUAUUUAGCGGCAGAUGAAGAAUUUCUUAAAGGAAACGCAACUGGUGGUGUUUGUUGUGUUACUGCGUUGGUACAACAUGGUAGUUUGAUAGUUUCUAAUGUUGGUGAUUGUCGUGCUGUUAUUAGUAAAGCUGGUGUAGCUGAGCCACUAACUAAUGAUCAUAACCCUUCAAGAGAAGAUGAAAAACUUAGGAUUGAAUCCAAGGGUGGUUACGUAGAUUGUUGUAAUGGUGUAUGGAGAAUACAAGGGUCUCUUGCAGUGUCAAGAGCAAUAGGAGAUCAACAUCUUAAGCAGUGGGUUACAGCAGAACCAGACACUCAAAUCCUAACCAUUAAACCUGAUUUUCAGUUUCUAAUUUUAGCUUCAGACGGCCUAUGGAACAAGGUUAGUAAUCAGGAAGCAGUAGAUGUAAUUCAACCCUUUUUCACAGCAGGAAGUAACAAGCCAGAAUUAAAGAAUGCUUGUAGAAAGCUUGUAGAAUUGUCCAUUAGUAGAGGAUCUAAUGAUGAUACAAGUGUAAUGGUGGUUCAACUUGACAAAUUUGCACAUUAAUUUAUCUAGCUAAUUAAUUUUUCAAGGUUAAAAAGUGUUCUAUUAGGUUUUG